GCCUAUCCUCAGCUGACUCAAUGGGAACCAGCUCUUGGGGUUUUUUUAUUUCUUUAUUUUUUGCAAGAGUUUCAGUUUAGGCAGAAAAACCUGGAGAAAUCAGGGCGCUGGAGCAGGGCUGACAAGAGGAGAAGAGAAGCGGUGGUGCAGGAAGAAGAGGCGCAGGAAGAAGCGUGGAUUAAAAGAGUUAAAAGAAGACAAGGAGUUAAACGAAGAGGCGAAAAGGAGAAGGAAGAGGAGGGUCUGACGAGCAAGGCUGCAACUGCUGUAGCAGGGACCACGUUUCCUGCUCUUUUGGAGAUAAGCGCAAAAAGGCGCAAAAAGAGGGAGCCUUUUGUGGAAAGUGACAGCCCAGGAGCAACCCCAGGAGUUAAGGGGGCUGCUGGGUCUGGGGUUCCCCCCCGCCCCGAGCUGCAACAUCUCCUUGGAGGCACGGAUCGCCACCAGCUGGCGCUGUUCGUGGCUGGCUGGGUGGGCAAAGAACUCAUUUGCAAAUUGACCGCCCCGCUGGUUUGCCCGAACCCUUUUUUGCAAGGUAUUUUUUAAAUAAAGGAGUUUUGGUAGGCAAGAAAACGCGUCGAAGAACUCGUCGAAGAUGAGACAAGAUGUCUGACAAAAUGUCUAGCUUUCUGUACAUCGGGGAUAUCGUCUCCCUCUACGCCGAGGGCUCGGUGAACGGCUUCAUCAGCACUCUGGGGCUGGUGGAUGACAGAUGCGUGGUUCAACCAGAGGCAGGUGAUCUUUGCAAUCCUCCUAAGAAAUUCAGAGACUGCCUUUUUAAGGUAUGUCCUAUGAACCGAUACUCUGCACAGAAACAAUACUGGAAAGCCAAGCAAGCAAAACAAGGGAACCACACGGAAGCCGCAUUGCUGAAGAAGCUGCAACAUGCUGCAGAACUGGAACAAAAGCAGAAUGAAUGUGAGAACAGGAAACUGCUGGGUGAAAUUGUGAAGUACAGCAACGUCAUACAGCUACUUCACAUAAAAAGCAACAAAUACCUUACAGUGAAUAAGAGAUUGCCAGCCCUAUUGGAGAAGAAUGCUAUGCGGGUCUCUCUGGAUGCUGCUGGGAAUGAGGGGUCCUGGUUUUACAUCCAGCCCUUUUGGAAACUGAGGAGUGAAGGUGACAAUAUUGUUGUAGGGGACAAAGUUGUACUGAUGCCGGUCAAUGCAGGGCAGCCUCUUCAUGCCAGCAACAUAGAACUUCUGGAUAACCCUGGGUGCAAAGAGGUAAAUGCGGUCAACUGCAAUACCAGCUGGAAGAUAACCUUAUUCAUGAAAUACAGUUGCUACAGAGAAGAUGUACUCAAAGGUGGAGAUGUCGUCAGAUUGUUCCACGCAGAACAGGAGAAGUUUCUGACCUGUGAUGAGUAUCAGAAGAAGCAACAUAUCUUCCUUCGCACAACACUGCGUCAGUCAGCCACUUCUGCAACUAGUUCUAAAGCUCUGUGGGAAAUAGAGGUGGUGCAUCAUGAUCCAUGCCGUGGAGGAGCAGGGCAAUGGAACAGCCUAUUCAGAUUUAAACAUCUAGCGACUGGAAACUACUUGGCUGCAGAGCUUAAUCCACACUAUCCAGAUGGUAGUAAUGGGGAAAAGGCUUUGCAGAGAGACAGCGAACUUCUCAUUUCAAAGAAGAAACGACAUGCUGGGGAAAAAAUUAUGUAUACGCUGGUGUCUGUGCCACAUGGAAAUGAUAUUGCCUCUCUUUUUGAACUGGAUGCUACCACCCUUCAGCGAGCUGACUGCCUGGUUCCAAGAAAUUCUUAUGUGCGACUGAGACACCUGUGCACCAACACAUGGGUCACCAGUACCAGUAUCCCAAUAGACAAAGACGAAGAAAGGCCUGUGAUGUUAAAGAUUGGGACCUGCCAAACGAAAGAAGACAAGGAAGCAUUUGCUAUUGUGUCUGUUCCUCUGUCUGAGGUUAGAGAUUUGGAUUUUGCUAAUGAUGCCAACAAGGUUUUAGCAUCCACAGUUAAAAAGUUGGAGAAUGGCUCUGUAACUCAAAAUGAAAGGAGGUUUGUAACCAAGCUGUUGGAAGAUCUCAUUUUCUUUGUUGCUGAUGUGCACAAUAAUGGCCAGGAAGUGUUGGAUGUGAUGGUCAUUAAGCCCAACCGAGAGAGGCAAAAAUUAAUGAGGGAACAAAAUAUAUUGGCACAGAUAUUUGGGAUCUUGAAAGCUCCAUUUAAAGACAAAGCGGGAGAAGGAGCCAUACUGAGACUUGAAGAUCUGGGCGACCAGAGAUAUGCCCCAUACAAAUACAUGCUGAGGCUUUGUUACAGAAUCCUCCGGCAUUCCCAGCAGGACUACAGGAAAAACCAGGAAUACAUUGCUAAGAACUUCUGCGUCAUGCAGUCUCAGAUCGGCUAUGAUAUAUUGGCAGAAGACACAAUCACAGCUUUGCUGCACAACAACAGGAAGCUACUAGAGAAACAUAUCACAGCUAAAGAAAUAGAGACGUUUGUAAAUUUACUCAGGAGGAAUCGAGAGCCAAGGUUCUUGGACUACCUGUCAGACUUGUGUGUUUCCAACACAACUGCAAUCCCAGUCACUCAGGAACUUAUUUGCAAAUAUAUGCUGAGCCCAGGAAAUGCUGAUAUUCUCAUUCAGACCAAGUUGGUCUCAGUGCAAAUGGACAACCCCUUGGAUUGCUCCACCCUCUCUGAUGAUCUGGACGAGGAAGAGGUUUGGCUGUACUGGAUUGAUAGCAACAAGGAACCUCAUGGCAAAGCCAUCAGGCAUCUUGCCCAAGAAGCUAAGGAGGGCACCAAAGCUGAUUUAGAAGUCCUCACUUAUUACAGGUACCAGUUGAACCUCUUUGCAAGAAUGUGUCUGGAUCGCCAGUAUUUGGCUAUAAACCAGAUUUCCACACAGCUGUCGGUGGAUCUGAUCCUGCGCUGCAUGUCAGAUGAGAGCCUGCCUUACGACCUGCGAGCCUCCUUCUGCCGUCUCAUGCUGCAUAUGCAUGUGGAUAGAGAUCCUCAGGAGAUAGUGGUGCCUGUGAAGUAUGCCAGGCUAUGGACUGAAAUCCCUACCAAGAUCACUAUCCACGAGUAUGACUCUUUCACAGAUUCCUCACGAAAUGACAUGAAGAGGAAAUUUGCUUUGACGAUGGAAUUUGUAGAGGAGUACUUGAAAGAAGUUGUGAACCAACCCUUUCCUUUUGGAGACAAACAGAAGAACAAGCUAACUUUUGAGGUGGUGCACCUGGCUCGCAAUCUUAUAUACUUUGGUUUUUAUAGCUUCAGUGAGCUACUCAGACUGACUAGAACAUUACUGGCUAUCCUUGAUAUUGUACAAAUGCCUAUGUCAUCAUAUUUUGAAAGAUUAAGCAAAUUUCAAGAUGGAGGAAACAAUGUUAUGAGAACCAUUCAUGGUGUGGGAGAGAUGAUGACUCAAAUGGUCCUCAGCAGAGGUUCUAUUUUUCCUCUUUCUGUACCUGAUGUACCCCCAAGUGCCCACCCAAGCAAGCAAGCCAACAUUGUAGAGAGUGAAGAUGUCACUGUCAUGGACACCAAAUUAAAAAUCAUUGAGAUUUUACAGUUUAUUCUUAGUGUUCGGCUUGACUACAGAAUAUCGUACAUGCUGUCAAUUUACAAGAAGGAAUUUGGAGAGAGCAGUGAAAAUGUUGAUAGUUCAGUGACAUCUCCCCCUGACACACCAACUCUCACAUCAGGAGUUGUUCCUAAUAUAGAUGAAAUUGCUGCUGAAGCAGAAACUAUGUUUGCUGGCAGAAAAGAAAAAAAUGCAGUGCAGCUGGAUGAUGAAGGUGGCAGGACAUUCCUGCGAGUCCUCAUUCACCUUAUUAUGCAUGACUACCCUCCUUUGCUUUCUGGAGCCCUGCAGCUGUUGUUUAAACACUUCAGCCAACGAGCAGAAGUUUUGCAAGCCUUUAAACAGGUUCAGUUGCUGGUAUCUAAUCAAGAUGUGGAUAACUACAAGCAAAUUAAAGCUGAUCUUGACCAGCUAAGGCUUACUGUAGAAAAAUCUGAACUUUGGGUUGAAAAGAACAGCAGUUAUGAAAGUGGAGAGCUGGGUGAAAGUCAGGCAAAAGGAAGCGAUGAGCCCAUUGAGGAGUCAAAUAUUUUAAGUCCAGUCCAGGAUGGGAGUAAGAAACCUCAGAUUGACAGUAACAAGAGCAACAAUUACAAUAUUGUUAUGGAGAUUCUGAUCCGCUUAAGCAAACUGUGCAUCCAGAAUAAAAAAUGUCGUCAUCAGCAGCAGCGCUUGCUUAAAAAUAUGGGCGCUCACAGUGUGGUGUUGGAUCUUCUGCAGAUACCCUAUGAGAAGACUGAUGAAAAGAUGAACGAAGUUAUGAACUUAGCUCACCUGUUCCUUCAGAACUUCUGUCGUGGAAACCCUCAGAAUCAAGUUCUACUUCAUAAACACCUCAACUUAUUUUUAACACCUGGUCUUCUUGAGGCUGAAACCAUGCGACACAUCUUCACAAACAAUUACCAUCUGUGCAAUGAAAUUAGUGAGCGGGUGGUGCAGCAUUUUGUUCACUGCAUCGAGACGCAUGGCCGCCACGUGGAAUAUCUGCGCUUUCUGCAAACCAUUGUCAAGGCAGACGGCAAAUAUGUUAAGAAGUGCCAAGAUACGGUAAUGACAGAGCUAGUUAAUGGGGGUGAAGACGUGCUGGUGUUUUACAAUGAUAGAGCAUCAUUUCCGAUCCUCCUCCAAAUGAUGUGCUCUGAGCGGGAUCGAGUGGACGAAAGCGGCCCUUUGGUUUACCACAUCACCCUGGUGGAACUGCUAGCAGCAUGUACAGAAGGGAAGAACGUUUAUACUGAAAUAAAAUGUAACUCCCUUCUUCCACUAGAUGACAUAGUGAGAGUGGUGACUCAUGAUGACUGCAUACCUGAGGUGAAGAUAGCAUAUGUGAACUUUGUCAAUCAUUGCUAUGUAGACACUGAGGUGGAAAUGAAGGAAAUCUACACCAGUAACCACAUCUGGAAACUAUUUGAAAACUUUCUUGUUGAUAUGGCAAGGGUUUGUAACACAACCACGGACAGAAAACAUGCAGAUGCAUCUCUGGAGAAGUAUGUCACAGAAUCAGUAAUGAGCAUAGUGAGUGGUUUCUUCAGUUCUCCAUUUUCAGACAACAGCACAAGCCUCCAGACACACCAGCCUGUUUUUAUCCAGUUACUGCAGUCUGCGUUUAGAAUUUACAACUGUACCUGGCCAAACCCAGUGCAGAAAUCUUCAGUAGAGUCCUGUAUCAAAACUUUAGCUGAAGUCGCAAAGAACCGUGGAAUUGCAAUCCCUGUGGAUUUGGACAGCCAAGUUAAUACACUUUUCAUGAAGAGUCAUUCUAAUAUGGUGCAGAGAGCAGUGAUGGGUUGGAGAAUGUCUGCCCGCAGCGGACCUCGCUUUAAAGAAGCACUUGGAGGACCUGCUUGGGAUUACAGGAAUAUCAUUGAGAAACUACAGGAUGUUGUAGCCUCCUUGGAACAGCAGUUCAACCUCAUGAUGCAGGCUGAAUUUUCGGUGUUGGUUGAUGUAUUGCACAGCCCUGAACUUCUUUUCCCUGAGGGAAGUGAUGCUAGAAUCAGAUGUGGGGCUUUCAUGUCCAAGCUGAUAAAUCAUACAAAAAGGCUAAUGGAGAAGGAAGAAAAACUCUGUAUUAAAAUUCUCCAGACAUUACAAGAAAUGCUUGACAAGAAGGAAAGCUUUGUGGAAGAGGGUAGCAACCUGAGGAAAAUACUUCUCAAUCGCUAUUUUAAAGGUGACUAUGGAACCAGUGUUAACGGUCCUCUGUCCAGCAACUACAGCAAAGCAAUGCAAGGAGGAGGUAGCUUUUCAGGACAAGAUUCAGAUAAGUCUGGUGUUUCAAUGCAAGAUAUUCAGUGCCUUCUGGAUAAAGAAGGCGCAUCAGAACUUGUCACGGAUGUCAUAGUUAGUACCAAAAAUGACAGAAUAUUCUCUGAAGCCAUCCUGCUUGGGAUUGCAUUGCUUGAAGGUGGAAACACACAGAUCCAGUAUUCCUUUUACCAGCAACUGAAUGAGCAGAAAAAAUCAGAAAAGUUUUUCAAAGUUCUGUAUGAUAGAAUGAAAAUGGCCCAGCAGGAAAUCCGAUCAACUGUAACAGUGAACACAAUUGAUUUGAGCAGCAAAAAGAAAGACGAUGACAACAAUGACCUGACCGUAUCAGUUUCAAAAAAGAGAGUAAGAGAUUCAAAUCUGCAUCUGAAAGAAGGAAUGAAGGGGCAAUUAACAGAAGCCUCGAUGGCAACAUCUAAAGCUUAUUGCGUAUACCGCCGAGAAAUGGACCCAGAAAUAGAUCUCAUGAGUGCUGGAACAGAUGCCGGGAAUGUAGAUGAAAAAUCUUCAGAAGAAAUGACAAUGAGUCCUGCUAUUGUGAUUAUGCAACCAAUACUAAGGUUUCUUCAGUUAUUAUGUGAGAAUCACAAUCGAGAACUUCAGAACUUUUUAAGAAAUCAGAACAACAAGACCAACUACAACCUAGUAUGUGAGACACUUCAGUUUUUAGAUUGCAUUUGUGGAAGUACAACAGGUGGACUAGGACUUUUGGGCUUGUACAUCAAUGAGAAGAAUGUAGCUCUGGUGAACCAAACACUUGAAAGUUUGACUGAAUAUUGUCAAGGUCCAUGCCAUGAAAACCAGUCCUGCAUAGCGACACAUGAAUCUAAUGGCAUAGACAUUAUCAUUGCCUUGAUCCUGAAUGAUAUCAAUCCUCUUGGAAAAUACCGUAUGGACCUAGUGCUUCAGUUGAAGAAUAAUGCCUCCAAGCUUUUGUUGGCUAUUAUGGAAAGCAGGCACGACAGUGAAAAUGCUGAAAGAAUCCUUUUCAACAUGAGACCAAGAGAGCUGGUGGAUGUAAUGAAGAAUGCGUACAGUCAGGGUCUGGAGAGUGAACAUGAUGAGGAAAAUGGGGGUGACGGUAUUUCGCCAAAAGAUGUUGGACAUAAUAUCUAUAUAUUAGCUCAUCAGCUGGCUCGCCACAAUAAAAUACUGCAGCACAUGCUGAAGCCUGGGUCUGAUCCAGAAGAAGGAGAUGAUGCUUUGAAGCACUAUGCUAAUCACACAGCCCAGAUUGAGAUCGUCCGUCAUGAUAGGACUAUGGAACAAAUAGUCUUCCCUGUGCCAAAUAUCUGUGAAUUCCUCACGCAUGAAUCCAAGUACCGUGUGUUCAAUACUACCGAGAGAGAUGAACAAGGAAGCAAAGUAAAUGACUUUUUCCAACAGACAGAGGAUCUGUAUAAUGAAAUGAAGUGGCAAAAGAAAAUCAGGAAUAAUCCAGCUCUAUUCUGGUUCUCCCGGCACAUUUCCCUCUGGGGGAGUAUAUCUUUCAAUCUGGCCGUUUUCAUCAACCUAGCAGUAGCUCUUUUCUACCCAUUUGGAGAUGAUGGCGAUGAAGCACAGCACAAGGCACAUCAGGGAUGGCGGUGUAGAGCAGUGUUUCCUAGAGCAGGGGUCCCAGGAUGUUUCAAGGGGGCCACAGGCACACUUUCUCCGUUAUUUUCAGUUCUUCUCUGGAUAGCAGUAGGCAUAUGUACAUUGCUGCUUUUCUUCUUCCCUAAACCUGUUGGUAUUCGCCCAUUUCUGGUGUCUGUAAUGCUCAGGUCCAUAUACACUAUUGGCCUUGGGCCUACAUUGAUCCUUCUUGGUGCUGCUAACCUUUGUAACAAGAUUGUAUUUUUGGUGAGCUUUGUUGGGAAUCGAGGCACAUUUACUCGUGGAUACAGAGCAGUCAUCAUGGAUAUGGCCUUCCUCUACCACGUUGCCUAUGUCCUUGUCUGCAUGCUGGGACUCUGUGUGCAUGAAUUCUUUUACAGCUUCCUGUUAUUUGACUUGGUGUACAGAGAGGAGACUUUACUGAAUGUAAUAAAAAGUGUUACGCGGAACGGACGCUCCAUUAUUUUGACUGCAGUAUUAGCGCUCAUCCUUGUGUAUCUCUUCUCCAUUGUUGGGUUCUUGUUCUUGAAAGAUGACUUCAUCAUGGAGGUGGAAAGAACACCUAUCACAGAAAGUGGCACUGUUCCUACCACAAGAUUAACAGCAAUGAUGGAUACAUGUUCAAAGGAGAACUGUAGUACUACAAUACCAGCUUUAAAAUUAGAUGAAGAACCAGAUGAGGAUGGGAUUGAGAGGACAUGUGACACUCUGCUAAUGUGUAUUGUGACAGUUCUGAACCAGGGCCUGAGAAAUGGUGGUGGAGUGGGUGAUGUGCUCCGAAAGCCUUCUAAAGAUGAACCCCUCUUUGCUGCUCGAGUUGUCUAUGAUCUCCUGUUUUAUUUCAUUGUCAUCAUUAUUGUCCUGAACCUAAUUUUUGGAGUCAUAAUCGAUACAUUUGCAGAUCUCCGAAGUGAAAAACAAAAAAAAGAGGAAAUCUUGAAGACAACCUGUUUCAUUUGUGGGCUUGAGCGAGACAAAUUUGAUAAUAAGACAGUUUCCUUUGAGGAGCACAUAAAGGCAGAACACAACAUGUGGCACUAUUUAUACUUCAUAGUUCUGGUCAGAGUGAAAGACCCAACAGAAUACACUGGUCCCGAAAGUUAUGUGGCUCAAAUGAUUGUGGAAAAGAAUUUAGAUUGGUUCCCUCGGAUGAGAGCCAUGUCCUUGGUCAGCAACGAAGGUGACAGUGAACAGAAUGAAAUCAGAAACCUGCAUGAGAGAUUGGAGUCCACCAUGAGCCUGGUCAAGCAGCUUUCCAGUCAACUAGCUGAGCUUAAAGAACAGAUGACAGAACAAAGGAAAAACAAGCAGAGGCUGGGCUUUCUUGGAUCAAACGCAGCGUCCCACGUGAACCAUCACAUGCCACCACACUGAUACCAUGGUGGUGGG